UUCCCUGUCCUAGUUUCAGGCUCCCAGACCAUGGUCUGGAAGCAAAGGUAUUGGCAACAGAUGAAGCCACCAUGUCUUGAAAUCUUGAUCAGUCCAGCAUCAGGAUUCAGCCAGAGUUGUGUGUUGUGUUGUUUGUGUGUUGUGUUGUGUUGUGUUGAAGCCAGAGCAGCAGAGACCAGACUCUCCUGAACCUGAACCUAGCUGUGUGUCCAUGGAUCAGUGUUUAGAGGACAGCGUCCUGCAGAGACUCACAGGAAACCACGAUGACGGCAGAGGAUCUUUUAAACACUCUGGAGGAUCUAAAAGAAGAUGAAUUUAAGAAAUUCAAAUGGUGUCUGCAGCAGCCAGAGCUCCUGGAGGGCUACCCAAGCAUCAAAGUGUCCAAGCUGGAGACGGCAGACAGACAGGACACGGUGGACGUGAUGGUGAAGACCUUUCAUCUCCAUGGAGCUCUGAAGGUGACCCAGAAGGUUUUAGAGAAGAUCAACAGGAGGGAUCUGGUCCAGAGUCUGCCAGACCCCGGCUCAGGACCACGAGAGUCAGUGGAUGUCAGUGAUGCUGGAGAGACUUCAGAGAACAGAGGAACCCCCUCCUCUCGGAGCAAAGACGGGAUUGUUCCAGUACCAAAGCCACCACAACACAUCUCAUAUUACCAACAACAGCUUCAGCCAAACCUCCAGGAUGAGUUUGGGUGUGCUCAGGAGGGGUGGACCCAGAACAAAGAUGGCCGACCUCUGGAUGACAUCUACACACAUCUGUACAUCAGAGCUACUGGUGACGUCCACAUCAACACACAGCAUGAGGUCAUGCAGCUUGAAGCGGUGAAGCCAGCCGAUACAGAGACAACCAUUACACCUUGUGACAUGUUCAAACACCCCUCUAUAGAAGACAAAGCCAUAAGGACAGUCCUGACCAAUGGAAUCGCAGGAAUUGGAAAAACCUUUCUAGUGAACAAGUUUGUGUUGGACUGGUGUAAAGGAGAAACCAAUCAAGAUGUGCAUCUCAUUUUCCCCUUCACCUUCCGCCAGCUGAAUUUAAAGAAGGAGGACAAGUGGUGUUUGGCAGAGCUCAUUCAUGAAUGUAUCUGGGGGACCAGAGACAUCAAAGAAGAAGCUCUCAAUUACAUCUUUACAGCUCUGCAGUCAUCAGGAAACACCAACUUUGACAGGAGUGAAUUCAAACUUCUGUUUGUUCUGGACGGACUGGAUGAGAGCCGCCUUGAUCUGGACUGCUCCACCAAUAAAAACAGGGCAGUUAAAAUUGAUGUGACAGCGCCGACCUCAGUGGACGAGCUGCUGACGAACCUCAUCACCAAGAAACUGCUUCCCUCUGCUCGCAUCUGGAUAACCACACGACCUGCAGCAGCCAAUCAGAUCCAUUCUGAUUUUGUAGACAUGGUGACAGAGGUCAGAGGGUUCACUGACCCACAGAAGGAGGAGUACUUUAGAAAGAGAUUCACAGAUCAGGAGCGGGCCGACAGAAUCAUCUCCCACAUCAAGACAUCACGGAGCCUCCACAUCAUGUGCCACAUCCCAGUCUUCUGCUGGAUCACUGCUACAGUUCUGGAGGACGUGAUGAAGACCAGAGAGGGAGGAGAGCUGCCCAAGACCCUGACUGAGAUGUACGCAGAAUUCCUGGUGUAUCAGAUUUAUCAGACAAAAGAGAAGUAUGACCCAGAAGAGUGCAUUCAAUACAUUGAGUCAUUAGCAAAACUGGCUUACCAUCAGUUGGAAAAGGGCAACCUGAUCUUCUACGAGAAAGAUCUCAAAGAGAGUGGCAUGGACGUCAGUGGAGCCCCAGUUUGUUCAGGAGUGUUCACAGAGAUCUUCAAAGAGCAACGUGGGAAGAAGAAGGAUAAAAAAAAGAUGUUCAGCUUCAUCCAUCUGAGUGUUCAGGAGUUUCUGGCUGCUCUCCAUGUAGAGAGGGCAGUCAUUAACAGAAACAAGAACGUGAUGUUUGGGCGAAGUCUGGUUCAACAAAUACGAAUGGUUUUCAGCAAAAAAUCGGUGAUGUCUAAGGUCCACAGGUUUGCUAUUGACAAGGCCUUACAGAGUCCAAACGGACACCUGGACUUGUUCCUCCGAUUCCUGCUGGGUCUUUCUCUGAAGACCAAUCAGAUUGUUCUAGAAGACCUGCUGAAACAGACAGGAACUAGCCCAGAGACCAAUCAGGAUACAGUGGAGUACAUCAAGAUGAAGAUCAGUGAGAAUCUGUCUGCAGAGAGAAGCAUCAAUCUGUUCCACUGUCUGAAUGAACUGAAUGAUGGUUCUCUAGUGGAGGAGAUCCAACAGGCCCUGAGUUCAGGACGUCUCUCCACAGAUGAACUGUCUCCCGCUCAGUGGUCAGCUCUGGUCUUCAUCUUACUGUCAUCAGGAAACAAUCUGGACGUGUUUGACCUGAAGAAAUACUCUGCUUCAGAGGAUGUUCUUCUGAGGCUGCUGCCAGUGGUCAAAGCCUCCAACAAAGCUCUGCUGAGUGGCUGUAACCUGUCAGAGAGAAGCUGUGAAGAUCUGUCCUCAGUUCUCAGCUCAGAGUCCUCUGGUCUGAGAGAGCUGGACCUGAGUAACAACAACCUGCAGGAUUCAGGAGUGGAGCUGGUCUCUGCUGGACUAGAGAGUCCACACUGUAAACUGGAGACUCUCAGGCUGAAUGGCUGUAACCUGUCAGAGAGAAGCUGUGAAGAUCUGUCCCCAGUUCUCAGCUCAGAGUCCUCUAGUCUGAGAGAGCUGGACCUGAGUAACAACAACCUCAGGGAUAUAGGAGGGAAGCUGCUUUCUACUGGACUCAAGAGUCCACACUGUAAACUGGAGACUCUCAGGCUGAGUGGCUGUAACCUGUCAGAGAGAAGUUGUGAAGAUCUGUCCUCAGUUCUCAGCUCAGAGUCCUCUAGUCUGAGAGAUCUGGACCUGAGUAACAACAACCUGCAGGAUUCAGGAGUGGAGCUGCUCUCUGCUGGACUGGAGAGUCCACACUGUAAACUGGAGACUCUCAGUCUGUCAGGCUGUCUGAUCUCAGAGAGUGGCUCUACUUCUCUGGCCUCAGCUCUGAGCUCCAACCCCUCCCAUCUGAGAGUGCUGGACCUGAGCUACAAUCAUCCAGGAGUUGGGGUGAAGCGGCUUUCAGCUAGACGAGAGGAUCCACACUGCAGACUGGACACUCUCAGACUCGAUCAUUGUGGAGAACAGAGGCUGAAACCUGGUCCAAGGAAGUAUUCCUGUGAACUCUCCCUGGACACAAACACGGUGAACAGGUACCUGAGACUGUCUUACAACAACAGAAAGGUGACACGUGUGAAGGAGGAUCAGCCGUAUCCUGAUCAUCCAGAGAGGUUUGGGUCCUGGUAUCCUCAGCUGCUGUGUAGAGAGGGUCUGACUGGUCGCUGUUACUGGGAGGUCCAGACCAGAGGAGGGGUUCAUAUAUCAGUGAGUUACAGAGGAAUCAAGAGGAGAGGACACAGUAGAGACUGUGAGUUUGGAUAUAAUGAUCAGUCCUGGAGUCUGGUCUGCUAUGAUGAUGAUCCUUACUCUGUCUGGCACAAUAAGAGAGAAACAGUCCUCCCUGUCUCUUCCUCUGUCUCUGGUAGAGUAGCAGUGUAUGUGGACUGUCCUGCUGGCUCUCUGUCCUUCUACACAGUCUCCUCUGACUCACUGAUCCACCUCCACACCUUCAACACCUCAUUCACUGAACUUCUCUAUCCUGGGUUUGGGUUCAGGUCUCCUGGCUCCUCAGUGUCUCUGAGUCCUCCGUCUGUAGGAUGGAGAGUCUCCUCUUUGGCACAGAAACACUCACACUGCUCCCCCAAACACACAAUCUCAAACUAAAUCUCUAAAUCAAACUCAAAUUACAAGAGAAUAAUUCAUUAAAGGAGUCACUAAAAUAUACGUAUACACAUUAUAAUAACCACCAAUAAUUAAUGGUUAUAUUUUAGUUCAUAAUUAUUUUACUGUCUGCAAACAAUGAAAUUAUUUAGAAUGUUUACUAAUAACUACUUAUAGUUGUUAUUUUAUAAUUAUUUUAUGCAUUUAGAUAAUUAAUAUCUAUAAACAUGUGGAUGCAAUUAUAACUAGAAACUGCAUUUCCUGCAGAAAAUGCGUGGGAAUGCUAAAUAGCUGAAUUGCUAAAGCUAACCUGGUUGAAUAGUUUAAAUCAGUAAAAGUUGUAGAAAAAAUUGAAAUGCUAGAGCUAAACUGGAGAAAUAGCUAAAAUCAGUGAGAAGAUGUUGAAGUAGUGAG